AUGGAAGAAGCUGCAGAAGCCGGCAACCUCGACGCCGUCAAGAGGUUCCUGCCUAGCUUGCUACUGAGCCACGAUCGUACCAUUCCUCUCAAUGAGAGAGCUGUUGCCGGAGCCAGCGCCGUCCUCGAACGCUCCAUACGCGCCGCCGCCGCCCACGGUCGCAUCGACGUCACCCGCUUUUUCAUCGCGAACGGGGCAGUCGUCGACGACGAGCUCGUCUGCGCCGUGCUCACCUCGGGCUCCGUCGAGCUAUGCGAGCUCCUCUUCGAACACAAGUGGGACGUCAAUCGGAGCUAUAUAGCUCAGGGAGGUGGCUGGAGGUUCUCGACACCUCUGCGUGCAGCUCUCGGAAACCCACCCGUCUGUCGCUGGCUUCUAGAACACGGCGCAAACCCCAACCUCUCCGAGGAUGGGUUCACGCCCAUCAUGGUUGCGGUCCGGCUCCACACGCCCGAGGUGGUCAAGGCUCUGAUAGAAUUCGAUGCAGACCCGCGGACGCCGUUGCUGCUACACGCCACAGCCGAUGCCUCGAGCACUGCGAUAGCCAACCAGAAUCCGAAUCGCGGCGACCAGGAUAGGAUAGAAGUGAUGGGCAUCUUGCUCCAACACGGCGCCGACGUGAAUGAGAUGGAGCCGGACCCCAAGUCGAGACCGCGAGAUGAUCAGCGACGGAGAAGAACCAUGGACACCGGCACGCCGCUGCAUUAUGCCGUGGCUGCUGGUAAUCCUGUUGCUGUGAGCUUUCUGCUGGCACACGGGGCAAAUCCCAACCUACCUAGUUGGUCUGGUCAUACACCGCUGCAGGCAGCAGAGGCCCUGGAGUUGAAGUACAUCGCAAACAUAUUGAGAGUCUACGGUCAGAUGAAAUAG